AUUCGUGUUUCGUGGUAAAAAAUAUUUAAAAACUACACAAUUUUCAGUGUUUUACUGUGGAAAAUUAGGCUAGACUAUUAGAAAAUAAUAGUAAAAUUACUACGUAGCGCUUUACAAACAUGUAGUCGGUUUUAAGUGUUUACAAAAACAGUUUGUGUUGGACAUUGAUAGUGAUAAAUAGGUGUUAAAAACCCACGAAAAUGUCUCUGCCGGGAAAUGGAAUCUUUGUGGUCCAGGGCGAGAUGGCUAUGCUCGUUACCGCCAUGCGUCGCAGCACACGAUGGGGAUCCCACUCUUUUCCAAAUGAUGAAUAUGAUGUGCUCAUGCGAACCUUUCAAGAUCUGAAGACUAUCUUGAAUCAAGUGGACGAUUUACGUCUGUUAGACCCGUCGACGUACUUGAGCCCAUUUCUGGAGGUGAUUCGAAGCAAGGAGACAACUGGGCCGGUCACAAGCCUUGCCUUGUCAUCUAUACAUAAAUUUCUUUCUUAUGGACUGAUAGAUCCCACCCAUCCAAGUGUACCAGCAACAGUGGAAGAUAUAGCAGAUGCAGUUACACAUGCACGCUUUGUUGGCACCGACCAUUCCUCUGACGGUGUAGUGUUAUUGAAGAUAUUGCAAGUUCUUAAGACACUCAUGCUCAGCCCUGAAGGUGCCAUGUUGACAGAUGAGAGUGUGUGUGAAAUAAUGCUCAGCUGCUUCAGAACAUGUUUUGAAACAAGAUUGACUGAACUUCUUCGUCGAAACGCAGAGCAGUGUCUCAAAGAUAUGACGCAGCUCAUUUUCAUGAGACUCCCACAGUUUCCUACAGAGGAUUCGGGUAGCACCUUCUCGACAUUCGGAUUUUCUCUCAAAAGGAGGGAUAAGACGGCUAAGAAGAAAAUCACUGCUGCUCACAGUACAAACUCUCUGGACAGGAAGUCGUCGAUAUCGGAGCACGCGAACGUGACCACUGACAAUGAAGCGGAAUCCGACGCCAACAAGCCGCACCCUGUGAUACGGACACCCAGUCAAGACAAAAAUCUCCUCAACGAAGCGGAAAUAACGAUAGAGCCAGUGGAAGAAGUGAAGAGUCCAAAGAAGCACGGCCGCCACUCGUCCAUGGACCUGGCGGCCAACGAGAACCGGUCCAUAACGCAGUUGCUGGAGAAAUGCGUCAGCAAUGCAGACGCCGAGCCCGCGGAGGACACUGUGGAAGUUGCAGAAGAACCAGAGCAGCCAACCGAAACGACACCCAUUUUAGUCCAAGAAGAGAUUCCGACCGAGGGCGAGAAGCUAGAGGAGUAUGUGAACCACAGAGGAAUAAGAUUCACGCCACAAGAUGAAACCUUGAAUCUGCAACCAUAUGGAUUAGCUUGUGUCAGGGAAUUAUUUAGAUUUCUUAUAUCGCUGUGCAAUCCGCUCGAUGCACAGAACACAUCAGCGAUGGUGCACCUGGGCCUCAGCUUAGUGGGUACUGCGCUGGAGGUGGGCGCCGAUCAGAUAGCUAAAUAUCCAUCCCUUUUGUACCUCGUACAGGAUCCGCUCUGUAGGAAUUUGUUGAGCUUACUGGACACAGAAAAGAUAACGAUAUUCGCAUUAGACUUGCAGAUAUGGUUUCUGCUAUUCGAAGCGCUGAGAGCGCACUUAAAAUACCAAAUGGAAGCGUUCUUCAAAAAGAUAAUAGAGAUAAUUUCGGCGGACACAACCAAAUCCAUAUACGAGUUAAAAGAGAUACACCAUAUAGCUCUAGAGAACUUAGCCCAAACGUUCAGGAUACCUGGACUAUGUACUGAAUUGUAUUUAAACUUCGACUGUGAUAUAUACUGUACCAAUGUAUUUGAGGAGUUAGCGAAAUUGUUAUCAAAAAAUGUAGUCUCUUCUACGGCUUAUAAUAUACACACGCUGUCUUUAGAAGCUCUGAUGACGAUAAUAGAAGCGAUUGAGAUGGGUACGAUGCAGAAGGCAGAGAUGGAGAUGGCGAAUGUGGAAGAGGAGAGAGAGAGGGAGAAAUAUAGAGAUUACUCUCGCGGCGGCCAUGUUUCCUUGGAACUGGGCGGGAUGGAUGACGCUUCUGUGGUCAGUGACCAUGUGACUCAUGAUAUAAGCCAGUAUUUUAAUAUAGGUAGGACGGGAAGGCACAAAGCAUCGUUGGAUCUGCCCACCGAAGCUGAAUUGGAUAAUGUUAGGAAUAUGAAAAAGUGGGUCACCCAAGGUACAGAACUGUUUAAUCAAAAGCCCGCAAAAGGUAUAGAGUUCCUACAGGAGCACGGAAUAUUUUCUACACCAUUAGACCCUCACAAAGUAGCGUUGUUCUUGAGAGAAAACCCGGAUUUGGAUAAAAAAAUGAUUGGUGAAUACAUUUGCAAGCGUUCCUCUCGCGGAGAGGAAGGCGGGCCCAGUAUCCUAGGCGCGUUUGCGGAUAGCUUCGACUACGCAGGCCUGCGACUAGAUCAGUCGCUGCGACUUUACCUGGAGACCUUCCGUUUGCCCGGAGAAGCUCCACUCAUCUCUCUCGUUAUGGAGAAAUUCGCCGAACGUUGGCACUCUACAAACGGAGAGCCGUUCGCCAACACAGACGCGGCGUUCCGCCUGGCGUACGCCGUCAUCAUGCUGAAUGUGGACCAGCACAACAACAAUGCCAAGAAGCUCAAUGUGCCCAUGACAGUUGAGGACUUCGUGCGCAACUUGCGGGGCUGCAACGGCUCCGAGGACUUCGACCAGGCUAUGCUCGAAGCUAUUUUCCAUUCCAUCAAAGAGAAAGAGAUGGUGAUGCCGGCGGAACGCGUUGGGCCGCUCCGUGACGCGUAUUUAUGGCGCGUGCUACAGAGGCGCGGCCGCACGCCGGCUGCAAAGUACCGUCUAGCGCCGCCGCCACCGCACGCGUUACACGCGCGGUUAUUACCCGACGCCUGCCCGCCAGCCGUAACAGCAUUAUCAGCGUCUUUCGAACGCUCGUCUGCGCCGACCCCCGAGGAAAUAGAGUCGAACAACCUGCGCGACUGCGCCGCACUCAUAGCGUUGAACGGGCUCGAACGUUGCGCCGCUUUAGUCGCGCGGCUGUCGUCCGACACUCUCACGCUUGACACGCUGUUGCUGACACUAUGCAAGUUCACGGGACUGUUGACGCCGCAGAACGUGUCGUAUAUCGCGAUAGGAGUGUCACUAGGGCAGUCGAGUAAGGCGCAGGUGUCAUUGCGACGCGCGUGCGCAGUGGCGGCGCGGCACGCGGACUGCGUGCGCGACAGCUGGCGACAUCUGCUGGAAAUUUUGAACACGCUGUAUAUAGGAAGACUGUUGCCCAAGACUCUGGUGGAGGCGGAAGACUACCUUUCUCCAGAAGGAAAGGUGUCACUUAUACGUGAAGCGACGCGAGGCGACAGCGGACUUCUGUCCAGCAUAUAUUCCUACAUCGCGCUUGGAGAGAGCGGUAUCAGAGUGCCGACUCCGUACGAGAAGAGCCUGAUAGACGCAGCGACUGACUGUGUAGCUAAAUGCAAUUUCCCCGGCCUCCUGAUCACUGAAACAAAGUUUUUGCAGCUCGAAAGCUUGCAGGAAUUGAUUCGAGCCAUGGUGGCUGUGGGAAUCCCACCGGAUUGCGACAGCAUGCAACUGAAUCCUCAGUUAGAAGACAUCACAAUAUUCUUCUUGGAACUCCUUGGACAGACUUUAAUACAAAACAGAGACCGUGUAGAGGUCGUUUGGACGGACGUGGGUCCGCACAUAGAGCGGAUAGUGUUCUGGGCGGGGGGUUGCGGCGCGCACGCACUCACGCGCGUGCUGACCGCGCUACUGCGUACGAGUGCGCGCCUCAUGCGCUGCGAGCAAUGCGCUCCGCUGCUGCUACGCUACCUGACCCUGCUGUACCGGCUGCCGUACAAGUUGUUCUACCAACAAGCUGAUGUGAUCUCGUCCGGGCUGUACGAGCUCGUGAAGACGUCCGCGCAGAACGUGCACAGUGCGAGCGAGUGGGGGGUUCUGCUCGCGUUGCUGGCAGCGGCGGGCGCCGGCGCGUGGCCUCGGGGGGCGCCCGCCAGCGCCUACACCGCUGGUUCCAGCCGCUCCGAAGGCUCAGAGGAUGAAAGUGAGAGGCAGCCGACCAGCGUCUCCUCAGAAAGUGAGCUUUCUCACUCUCCGCAAACACAGGGAUGGAUAUUGGUGAAGAACGAAUCGGCCAGCGCAACAGAAACCGUCGAGUUGGAGCUGGAGCAAGUUUCCCUCCGGCCGCAUCGGAGCACGGCGCUUGCUCGUUGUGUAGAGGCGCUUGCUCUUGUGAUCAGGGACGUGGCGCACGUGACGCCGCACAACUGCCGCGCUGCCGUGCGCUGUGUCAGGUUGAUGGCAAAGGCUACAUUACAGUCUGGAAGGAAAGCGGUGAGCAAAGACGAUCGUCGAAGUGGUUCGGCGCGACGCAAGACGCGUCAAGACUCCAGCGAUGAAGAGAUCGACACACAGGAUCACUAUCACGUAGUCAGCAUUAAGCUCCUAGACCUGAUGCACACUCUCCACAGCCGAACCGCGCAGAUAUUCAAGUGGUGGCGCGACGAGGCCGACCAGGGUCAAGGUUCUGAAGACUACGACUUAUGGGAAGUGGCGUGGAAACCUCUAUUGCAAGGGAUCGCCGAGUUCUGUACCGACAACAGAGGCAAAAAGGGUUCCAGCAGCGCGAUAUCGUACUCCGCGAUAGCGUACCUCCAGCGGGCCCUGCUGGCGCCAGCGUUGUCCGCGCUGGGCGGCGCUGGCUGGGAGGCCUGCUUCGAGCAUGUUCUGCUGCCGCUGCUGAGUAACCCGCCGCGCAGGCCCGACGCCGCUGCACGGGCUGACACUGUUAUGUGCAAGGUGUUCCUGCAACAUCUGCCGGCGUUGGUGGGCCGGGCGUCGUUCGCAUCGUUGUGGUCGCGCAUCAUCCGAGUGCAGCAAGCGUUGCUGGCGUCGCCCGCGGAGCCGCUGCGGGAGGCGGCGCUUGAGUCGCUCAAGAACGUUCUGCUCGUCAUGCAUUCUGUCAAAAUUUUCAGUAACGCUGAGGGCUACAAUGACCUGUGGUAUAUCACUUGGGAUAUAAUUGCAGAAUUUUUGCCCAAUUUGAAGAAUGAAUUGUUUCCCGAAGCAAACGACAACAUGAAGCCACCACAAAGCUUACCAAGUCACAUGCAACCAUCCAUCCCUCCGAUUCCUGCCAUCGUUCCCGUAGGAUCCUCAAGUAUGCCAAAUCCUUCUACCUCACCACCGACUGCGCCAAACAUCGACGCCAACAAUUUGACAAAUCCACAAAGGUCCAAUGCCCAAUCACCCAACAUAUUGCUAGCUACAGUUGGCCAUUCGCCGGUCAACUUGCCCCAAUCACCAUCCAUACCUGGCCCACCUUUAGUAACUCCUGUUCCAAUACCUGGCGUCGCGAAUGGAUCAGUGCCGCCUAUGCCAAAUCCAUCAUCCGUAUCCACUAAUCUAGUAAUGCCAAUCGCAACACAACAUCCCACUGGCAUACCUCCUGGUCCUAUAACGCCGGUACCUCCUUCGGCGUAUCCCGCUGGCAUGUCUCCUGGCCUAACAACACCAAUGCCUCAAGCUACUGGCCCACCUGUUGGCCUUGUUACGCCAAUGUCAAUACAGCCCGGAGCAAAUCCCAUUACCGGUCCAAACUUAAUAUCGCCUAUUGGGAAGCCGGUUACAGGCGUAAACGUCACUCCUGUCAGUGGGAUGGUGCCUAUACGGAACCCGUUGUACGAUCAAACUGGACUCACAUCUUCCGUACUGUUGCAGCCCUUGAAUGAGAUGAUUUCAACACCGAUCGGAAUAUCGAUACAGUCUCAACCCAUCUUGAAACCAGCAGUCAGUGAAUCCCAACAGGCAAUCGAAAACGAAAACGAAUCAAACCUCAUUGAAUUCGAGUCCACACCGGAAGUUAACAUUAAAGACGAAAUCUACGCAGAGUACAUAACAAAUCCGUACAACGAGGUAAAGGAACUGUCCUCAAAAGAAGCCACUAUAUACGACCCUGAAGAGAAUCGCUACGUCCCCGCUAUCGACCAAACUGGAUCAGGCAGAUUAUUGUUAACCCAAAAAUCUUUUAGUGCGAACGUAACCCCUAUGCAUACAAAGAAUAAAGCUCAAUUCGGUUCGACAGAUAAUGUAAGGCAGGAGGGUAUUUUCAACUUUUCUAGUUACUUUGGGUCUAAUGAGAAAGUUACACCGGGUUCUGAUGCUUUCGACGCUUUAAUGUCGACACAGGAGGGAUAGCUAAACUUAGAAAUUGAUAUAGGCACGUGGCUGUAAAGAUUGUAAAGAAGCAGUCGCAAUUUUUUUAUGUAGUUUUUUUUUACAGUUUUUAAAGGAAUUUACACUAGAAACGCAGACCGAGCGUAUUUUAAUUGGGAUAACGUACAAGACAAGUGCGCCUUAAUGAAAAAUAUUUCCGCACUUGUGCAGUAACUUUUGUGAUUAACAAAUUGUGGGAUGUAAAAAUUGACAAUUCGAGUGUAAUUGCGCGCGCUCUUAUGUGUAAAACCUAUGUAAUAUUAUAUGUAUAAUAUAUGAUGUAUAAAAUAGAACUAAUAGUCAUUUAAACGUUGUGGCCAAUAAAUAAGUAAAGUAGAUCGAUUUUAUGUGUAUAAACGAUACAUUUCAGUGUUCUUUAUAGAUUCAAACGGCGCUAAGAUGACAUACCGCCAUCGUUUCAAGCAUAUACAUUAUAAGAUUGGCGUUUUGUUACAGAAUUACCAUCCUUAUUUUAGGACGUCAAAUUAUGUCAAGUAAACUGUCAUGUUAAUAUAAUACUGUGAAACAUUUGGUAGUAAAGACCCUUGUGUCUUCAUUCGUUUCAGUAGAUUAACCCCGGGUAUUUUUUUUUUCCUGAUACCACCAAUGUAAAUUUUAAUAUUAAUGGUGGCAACACACUGCGACUGUACUGCUUUAUGCCUUAUUCGAAUAAAAACAUUUGUGGCUUGCACUUUAUACAUGCACAAAAGCACUGCCU